UCUCAACAGACCCUGACGGUCACACCGGUCCUCACCACGAAGACUCUACCUCUGGUGCUGAAAGCUGCCGCCCUGCCGCAACGCCCGCCCACUGUCGCUAUUGUAACCACAGCUAUCACCAAACCCGACCUGCAGAACGCCCCCAUCAACCUGCAGGUGGCCAGCAAGCUGACCAAUCAGAGCUCGGAGCCGGUGCGACUGGUAUCCAAGAACGCCAUGGUGGUGCAGGCCACCACCACAGCCCAGCCAAUCAAAGUUCCUCAGUUUGUCCCUCCUCCUAGACUGAUGCCUCGACCCACCUUUCAGCCACAGGUCAGGCCAAAGCCGGCCACGCCCACCAACGUCCACAUCGCCCCGGCCCCCCCCCCGCCCAUGAUGGCGGCCCCCCAGCUGCUCCAGAGGCCCGUCAUGUUGGCCACCAAGCUGUCAUCCUCGCUGCCCUCGGCGGCCCCGAUCCACCAGGUCCGCAUCGUUAACGGCCAGUCGUUAACCGGCAAGACCGGCAAGACUGGCUCCGCCCCGCUUACGGGCAUCGUCAUCACCACGCCGGUGUCCGCCAACGUCGCCCGCCUCGCCAGCACAGCCGCCGGGACGCUCGGCCUCACCCCGACUACCGCCAAGCCCAUCCAGAUCAGCAGCCUGACCGCUGAGCCCAAGCAGACGGUUAAAUCAGGAGGAGCAGAGCAGAAGGUUGUCGUCAGCACCUCCUCCACUCCUCCACUGUCUCCUCCUCCCAGACCCAAGAAGGAGGAGAACCCAGAGAAACUGGCCUUCAUGGUGUCUCUGGGCCUCGUGACUCACGACCACCUGGAAGAAAUUCAGAGCAAAAGACAGGAGCGGAAGAGGAGAACGACGGCCAACCCGGUUUACAGCGGCGCCGUGUUCGAACCCGAGAGGAAAAAGAGUGCAGUGAGCUACCUGAACAGCCCUCUGCACCAGGGGACCAGGAAGAGAGGUCUGUAUGAAACACCGAUGAUGU